AUGCAGAAGAACCUCACCCAGUCCCACCCUUCCAUACUUACAUUGUACUUUGGGGAAAUGACACAAGCAAGAUAUUUAUACAGCGUUUUAACACUGAUUGGGUUCACAGUGAUUGUGCUCGCCAAUGGGGCAGUGAUCAUUGUCAUAGUGUUACACCAGACUUUGCACAAACCAAUGUAUAUCUUCAUUUCUCUUCUAUGUAUCAACUCUCUGUACGGCUGCUUCGCUUUCUUCCCCAGUCUGUUUGUGAACCUGCUCUCCACAACCCAAACCAUUUCCUACAUUGGUUGCAUUACCCAAGUAUUCUGCCUCCACACAUAUGGUGGCUGUGAGCUGUCCCUGUUGACUAUCAUGGCUUUGGAUAGAUAUGUGUGCAUCUGUAAUCCUUUCUGGUAUAACCAAAUCAUGUCCUUACCAACAGUCUGCAAGUUGGCCAUGGCCGCCUGGCUCAUUGGCAUUAUUCCAGUUUCAACCUUUGUCCUGAUGACCAUCAGACUUCCCUUGUGUGGCAAUCUAAUACUCAAGAUCUACUGUGACAACUGGUCAGUAGUUAGACUCUCCUGCAUUGAUACAACCAUCAACAAUAUUUUUGGCCUUUGUAUCAUUGUUGGGUUUCUUACAGUGAUGCCAGCGUUUAUAUUGUUCUCUUACGCUGAGAUCCUGAAGGUAUGUAUGAAGUCCUCAAAGGUAUUCCAAGCCAAAGCCUGGCAGACCUGCGCUCCUCAUAUUAUAUCCGUCAUAAACUUUAUGGUUAUAAGACUCUUUGAGUUUCUCAACAAUCGCUUAAGCCUGAGCAGUUGGUCGAACAACUUGAGCAUUAUCAUGGUAGUGCAAGCGUUUGUCCUGCAGCCAGUCCUAAAUCCGCUCAUUUAUGGACUGAAGCUGAAAAAAAUUAAGACAAAGAUGAUCCAGUUUUUUUUUCAGAAAACAUAUGGAAGUGAGCGCUGA